GGGUGCACCUUCUACGGGCACUCCUUCCGCCCAUGUUCGAGGUUCGGGACCGAAUUUGGCUGUGCUGAUGAGUGGUGGGGCUGCGGGUCGAGAAGAGGAGGCUACUGGUCGGCAGGGGAAAUCUGUGAUGGACGUUAUGCCGAGGCAUAAAAGGUCUGGUGACACGUCCGCUGCAGGUGUGGGAGACGAGGUGCCUGUCGUCGACCACAAAGACAAGUGCUGGAUGUUGGACUGGGUGGGUGGAAUAGGGGAACCCUCGGGUGGGCUGGUUUUGUACGUGGUGAUCAAAGAUAACAUUGUUCCGAUUGGCGGUGUGGUGAAGUGGAGUGGAGGAAAUUCACAGUUCGCCAUGUUGGAGUUGACGAUGGUCCUUAACGCUAGAGGUGAGCGGAUUGCGAAUGUCAAACGCGUUGCUCUUCGUUGGGCCAAACACGCUGGGUACGGCAAAAGGCUUUAUGACAUUUUCAAUCCACCUGGGACGGAGAAAUUGACGUUGCCGGAUCUUCGAUCGGUUUUCGCAUUCUUCGACAGACAUGUGGUCGCAGGGCAUGAGCCGGUGGUGCAUGCUUCCGACCGCAUAUCUGAACCGAAAAGUGUGCCUUCGUCGUCUUUGGAGGCGGGUCAGUCGUCGAAACCGAUCAUUAUAGGUGCCCGCCCUCCGCCAUCAAUUCGGACUACGGUUGCUGCAACACGAGUUCCAAAAUUAGGGCAGAUCAGGGAGAAAGGUCCGUGUCGCGGCCAAAUCGUGUCGUCAGCCCCUGUGAAGCGUAGACCAACAUCAACCAAGGAACCCGUUUCCUUGGUCCGCCCGCCGCGCUAUGAGUUGGCCAUUCCUGCUGGGUCGCGUUAUUUUGGAGAUGACGACGAGGAGAACAGCGAAGAAGAAUGGGAGCGCGAUGAAGAACGCGAAGAAUGUGAGGAGGGUGGUGAAGAAGAGGAAGUAGAGAGUGAACAAACAAUCAGCGAGAGGGGUGGGCCGGGCGAGUUGGAGGGUCGUCUAGGGGUUGAGUAUGAGGACGAUGGGCAAGAAGAGGAAACGACCUGCGAGGGAGGGUAUGCAAAUGUGCAUCGGGGUUCCAAACGAACGCAGCUGCUCGCGCCGCGUCAUGGGCAUUGGGAAGCGGAUCCAGGGCGCGGGGAAAUGCACCGCGAAGUAGGGGUCGAGCCAGCGCAUGACGAUGCAGUACGACUAGCUGAGAAGAAAAGGAAGAUGAGGCAAGAGAGGAGAAGUGCUAUGGACAGUAAGAAAACCAAGCAGGAGGGGGGAGCCAAGCAAGAGGAGGACAAACGCAAGUUGAAAAUGCUGGCAGUUGAGGAGGCCGUCCAACGCUUCUUCCUUGAGUUCGACGAGAAUGGUAACCAGAGGCCGGAAAUGCAGUUCAUUUCUGUCAAGUUGGACAAGAUUCUGGAUAUCCCUGAUGAGGAAUUCAGAUAUAAUCAACGCUUCCUCGAUCAGGAGCUUAUUAAUGACCUUUACAAAACAAUGGUUGAGUUGGGUGAGGCAACUAUCAGAGAGAGAACGAUCGGGGCAGCCGGGGUGAAUGUAUGUGCAUUGUACGAGAAGCUUGUCCUUCUGUUGAUUGGGCUACAUGAUACAAUGCAUACUGACGCUUCCGGUACGAAUGUGAGGGCGAGAAGAGUGACGCUCCGCGAAUUCGAUCUCCAAUCCGUGCGCAAGUACUACUUGUACCCUCUCAGUGGUCAACACAAUGUUGCAGCGGCGAGGAAAUGUUCUCAAGAACGCCCUGACAUCGUCCGUGAGCUCCUUUUGGAUUGCUGGACUGCAAGACCUGUUUACUAUCCGGAUAGGAGCAUGAAAAAUUACUGCACCUUGAGCACUUUUCAAAAUGCGAAGGACAAAUGGAAUACUCCUCCGCACCAGAUUGCUAUCAUUAAGAACAUACGAAAGUUGUGGCAAGCAGCCGGUCGUCCAGAAGCUAUAGGCGGAUCUGAUGCAGACGUCAAAAAUAAGGAUUACAGAGAGUUUGUGGCGAUGGCUCUGCGCGCGACCGGGAGUGAUCAUUUGGUUACUCUUUCACUUCAGCCUUGGAGCAAGGAGUGGUCCGAUGUCCUCGGGCCUUACAUGAUAUUGGCAAGGGCGACGGACGAUGUGUUCGAGAAGGUGCAACAAGUGUAUUCUACUUGGGAGAGUGGACAGUUGUCGGGAAGAGAUGGUGUGAAGGCUGCCACCAAACAAGGUGAAUCGGGGAAAGCGUCGAGACCUGACCCCGGAUUCGAGUUGGAAAAAGGAGUCAGGGUUCCAGUGCACUGGAUUCAGGGUACUAGAGGACCUGGUUACCUCGUGGCUGUGCGCGAUCUGGAUGUCAGAUCAUGGAAGACUAUGUCUACGUUGGGGAGGCGUGAGAGGCUGCAGCUGUUGAGAGACAUUCUCACGGGAAGCGUCGUACUGGCUCCAAGGCUAAGUAAAGCUGCUAAUACUGUCGGGAAACAUUCGAUGGAGACAUACGUGGAAAUGGUGAAGCAAGAAAGAGCAAUGUUGAGAAUGUUUCACUACUUCGUCUUCAUUUCUGACCCUCACAAGAAGCCGUCAGAGUGGAAGGAACCAUUCUUCGACAACCUUUCUGAUUUGUUCGCUAGAUGGGUGCGUGGACUGAACAACUGGUUUGCUGGACUCAAGAAGUUCAUGGACAAACUUGGUGGCGAGUAUUGGACAUUGUUGUGCUUCGUUUCACGCCCUUGCGAGUUCACAUUCUUGAAGCGAGUCGCGAUGUGGGACAUUCAAUUGGAUCUUCUCAAAUGGACUCGUCUACAACAAACAAAGGGGAAAGUGUAUAAGGUUGCAAACUUGCCUUUGGAGGACACGGACAGAAUGAUGGUCAUCAUGUACUCCAACGACGGGGAUUUUCAUCGCAACACUAUUCCCUUGUUUGAAGAUAUUCAAGCUGCAGGUCCAUCAUCUGCCGAGCGGGUGGCUGACAUAUCGGCACUUGUGCGGAGAGAGAGAAAGCCGAAGAUGUUGACUGAUGUCGUGGAGAAGAACUUUCUACCAUCAAAGUGGAAAAUGGCAGGUAUGGAUCCACCAGAGAAAGUGGUCUAUGAUGGUAUGAAAAGGGAGCCGAAUGCGAUGGUGGAGACAUUGGAGCAUUUUUGUCAUGUGGAUGAGGCUGUCGUUUUCCUCGGGAAAGGUCAUGCGGGAUUGGUUUGGGAGAUGUUAAAGAGUCACCGUCAUUGCAUUGUGCUGGAAGGGGAGGGUAUGAAGUUCGAGUUCCUCAUUCAGUUCAUUGACAAGAUGAUCAAAACUCGAGAUUACCACGCCAACUUUACUAAGCCGCCUCCUCGACAUGAUGAAGGGCGUGAUCUCGUCCACAAGGUUGGCCAAAACGUGGUCAAUAUUUGGGAGUUUCUCUUCGAAACAAAGCCGCAAGACAGAGGGGAACGUACUUAUAUCCUCAGAAGAAGAAAAGUGGAGAAACUCUUGAGGGGUUAUCAUAAAGCACCAUCGGAGAAGGAGGUUUCAUUUCUCGACCGCUUGGAGACCAUGUACUUCGACCAACAAAUCGGGGCGUUUACAAUCGCAGGUUAUGCGACUUGUUUUGUGGAUGGUGAGGACUUUGAUGCCGACGACUCAGAAGAAGAGAGUGUUGAUGACACUUUGCAAGCGGCUUUGGCAGCUGAGAGGCAAAGAGCUUGUAGCCCGGGUUCGCAGAGAAUGGGUGUUCCAGGCACAUCGUCCGGUUCUGGAGGAGCUUCGAGCAUAGCGGUUUCAACGGGUCAGUUAAUGACUCAGCCGCCGACUUCUUCUAUUGUUACGCCGACUCAGAUGGAGGGCAAUACGAUGACGGUGGCAUCCGGAGACAGUCUGGAUCCGAGUGUUCUAGCAAUGCUCUCCCCAGAGUUGGUGGCAACUCUGGCACCAUUUGCACACAGCCCAAGUACUAUUAUGGAAUUGCUACGCUCUCGAACUCCACAACAACCUCCACCUGAUGAACCUUUGGAGUACGAGAUUGAAGACACAAUCCCUGUAGACAUUCGACUGCUUCCGAGGCCUAUAGUGUGCCGAGACGAUUAUACGGUGACGGAUGAUGCCACAUGGGGUCAUCACAUUAUAUGGCACCCCCAACACUUCCAACCUGCAUUGGCGAGAGGGAGGUGGGUUAUGGCUAUAAAAGAGGAAGGGGAGUGACAGUUUUGCCUCCACAGACGUAUGUCAGGAUCGAACUUUCUGAAACAUGUCAAAAAUCAGAUUGCCAAGCGACUCCAGCGUCUUAAUCCGGAGGUUUCUCAAUCAAGACUAGAUGAAAGA